AUGCAUAAACAAUCGGCAGUUCUUCAUAAUACUGUUGAGAUGGUAUGUCUUAAUGCAAAAACCAACACGUUUCAAGAUCAUUUGAGGUCAGAAACAUCAGGAAUUCUACAAACUUUAUCACAAACUUUUCGCGUCCAAAUGCCAUUUUUGAAUACGCCUAACAAGAGACCUUUUGAGAAAGAGGAGCUUCAACAGUUAUUCUCAUUCCCUCUUUCAUGCGUUGUUUUCACAAAUAGAAGACGUCCUAAUGAAGAAAUAGGAGACGAACUCGCUAGGGAAUCGUUCAUCAUACAGGACAUUAAUCCUGAAAUAUGGACAUCAGACUUGGAGAAUUAUAUUGAUACUGUCCUCGAAGAGAAUGAAGAAAAUUUUAAAAAUAAGGCCCAAGUUAAAAUAUUGGAUGACUAUUGUGAAAAAGACGGUGGAUGUUGCUUGGAAGUGCGAGGGGAGAUAAUCACGUCGGUCAUCAAAGACGGUGCGAGUAAGAAAACUUCACUUGCCAUCAAGGGUGGUGAACUUUCAGCUCGUAAAG